UCUCUCCUUAUAUAUGCAUGUAUGUAUCUCUUGGUAAUACACAUGACUAUAUAUUUAUACAUGCACACACACAUGUAUGUGAACCCUUGACAGAUAAUUGGAUUGGAAGUAACUGAAUUCCCAUUACAAUUUAGUUGAAUUAUGCGACUUUUUGAUAAUUGGGGUUUGUGGGUAGGUGGAAUCAGAUUUUGAAUUAUAAAAAAAUUAGUAAUUUCUCGUCCUUGUAAAAAGGGUUUACAGUGAUCAAAGCUUGAGUUGCCGAAUUACAGGCGUGGAUGAUGGCUAGGGUGGAAUAACUUGUGGAAUCUAUACACCUAUAUGCCCAUCUAUAUAGGACUGCUCGUUAGCUUCCAUUUCCCCCUAUGACGCUUUAGGUAGCAUGAAUCGAAUGAAAAAAGCCAUCAAGGGGACAGUGGCCAUGUGAUGCUAGAGAGGAGCAAAACACAUCAUAAGUAAACUACUAAAUGAGACGGGCAUAAGGAUGAAGAAGCAACAACAGUUUCAAACAACAGCAAUGCUGCGUGGUCUUAAUUUUUGUAUACUGGAACUUCCCGUACACAUAAUAUGUGACAUACUCUCAAGACUCCCCCUGAAGACGAUAAUUUGUUGCAAAUGUGUUUGUAAAUUGUUUCUCAAACUUCUCACAGAUCCUUAUUUUGCCAAAGUCCACUUAACUAAUUCAUCUACUGCCGCCCUUAUCAUUCGAGAAAGUUUCAGCAUCUCUUUCUACAUAUACAUGCUCAACCUUGAUGAAACCACCUCUACCGCCUGCAGCACUGAUGAUCCUCUUCAUCGUUUUCAUCCCAGCCACGCAUUGAACAAGAAAAAUGCUGAAUUACGUUUCCGCAAUGGUGAGGCGACUCUAGUGGGUUCCUGUAAUGGUUUGCUUUGUUUAUACAGUAAUUCAUCAAAGGAGUCUUCUUACUAUAUUUGCAAUCCUAUUCUUGGUGAAUAUAUGGUUGUCCCCUCCCGAAUUCCAUCAACACCAUUUUGUAAUUACCUCAACCAUUCUGGGUUUGGUUUCUGUCCAAGGACGAACCAAUACAAGGUCAUUCGUUUUCUGCGUUCGACAGAUUUUGAACAAAAUUUGAGUAAAACAGUGGCUGAGAUACACACGCUCGGAACAGACUCAUGGAGAAGCAUUAAGGAUGCUCCUUGCCCAAAGGCUAAGGGAUCAUUUGAUUCUCUUCUCAAUGGUGCUCUUCAUUGGAUUGCUGAUAGUCGUACAACUUCUGAUCUUAUAUGUUCGUUUGACUUAGAGACGGAGCAAUUUCGACCUGUACCACCACCUGCUCAUUUUGACACAGCUUACACAUCAAAAAUUUCUUGGAUCAACGUUGGGGCACUGGGAGGAUGGCUUUGUAUUUGCUAUGUUUUCAGUGAUGCUCAAUUUGAGGUUUGGGUGAUGAAGGAUUACGGGGUCAAGGAAUCUUGGAUCAAGGAGUUUGUCAUUGACACGAAGUUCUAUUGUGGGUUGCGAGUAGAGGAUUUGCAUCAACCAAUUAAAUUUCUCAACAAUGGAGAAUUGUGGCUUAUAUGCGGCUCCAAAUCUCUUGUUAUAUAUAGUCCUGAAAAAGGAACUUUCAGAGAUUUUAAGACUCUGGAGUUACCGAAGGCUGAAGUGAUUGCUCACAUUCCAAGCUUCAUUUCCCUCAAGGACACUGUGAUUGGAAAAAGCCUGAAUAAAGUGAAAAAUGUGAAAUGGGAAAGCCAUUGCUGCUUCAACAUUUAGCUUCAACAUUCUGGUAUGGUAAAGCAGAGUGGUUUUUCAGCUAUUUUAUUUACAAUAGAAACAAUUGGCUACUAUGAACAGUUUAUACGUGAACCGUUAAAAAGAAAAAACAGUUUAUAUAUAGGUAUGUAUGUAUGUGUUUUUUUUUUUUUGGCUUCUGCUAAUGAUGUUAGCAAGUCGGUGCCUGGUGGAUGCUUCAACCCUGAUUAUCUUCUAGCAAAGAUCCUCAAAUAUGCCCAUCCGUCCUUUUGGCUGUUGUAAAUACAUUUUGCUCUACCUCAUUCUUCAAUCUAUGCUUUGGUAACCGUGUCUUGUAUAUUUUCAUUGUCAUAUUAAUGACUACAAUCUGGUGUUUGAAUUUUUUAUUUCCCUUCUGUAAGUUAAUCUGUUCUUCAAAGUUGUCAGUGGUAGCAAAUGUGCAAAUGUCAAAGUUGUCACUAAUUGUAGACUAUUUUCUUUGUGAUAUGCCAAGUCAAAUGUAGUAAUA